CUUAGCCCUGCCUUCAUCCCAUCCUGCUGUUGGACCACCCUACUGACAGCAAGGGCUACCUGCAGGCCUUGACCCUUCUGCAUGAGCUAAGUAAGCAUCCGAUCCUUGAAGCUUCUCAAAGACGCAAAUAACAAGCUCUACACUCUUCACGACGUUGGUCAAAUACAUUCUCAAGAGAAAGCAGCUCUAAAAAUCUUCCAGAGAGCCUAGAUUGUGAAAGGCGGCUCACACUACAAAUCCAAGCAUGCCCAGCCACCCGACCUCCACUUGGAGUUGGCGCACUGCCCGCUGGGAACUGUAGUCCCUGGUAGUUGCGGCGCCCGCUAACGCUGGGGUCCUCCUCAUUGUUCCAGUGAGGUCUUGGAGGCACGCUUGCGCAGUAGGACCUGGGAAAGCCUGCGGGAGACCCUCUGCACAACCCCUUUCAUUGUCUGUUCUUGGCGCCUGCGCAGUAAGAGAUCGCCGGGUCGGAGCCGGAGCGGGGAUAGGGCCGGGCUCCUCGCCCUUCCCCAGGCGCCUGCGCACUGGCCGCCGCUCCUGCCGUUACCGCUAUGUGUGGGGCGUGUGUGGAAUAACGUUAUUGCCCAGCGGAGCCGAGAGGCCGGGAGCUCGAUCGCAGCGACAGCGACAGCGACGACGACCACAAGGGUGCGGGGAGGACGGCGUGUGGAGACUCCCGGGACGCGCCGCGCCCCGCCUUCCCGGACCGGUGCCUCUCUCCGCGGUGAGGGGGAUGAUGUAGCUUUGCCAAAGACUUCGAAGCUAAGCAGAAAAUGAGCUUAACAUCCUGGUUUUUGGUGAGCAGUGGAGGCACUCGCCACAGGCUGCCACGAGAAAUGAUUUUUGUUGGGAGAGAAGACUGUGAGCUCAUGUUGCAGUCUCGUAGUGUGGAUAAGCAGCAUGCCGUCAUCAAUUACGAUGCCCCUGCGGAUGAACAUCUGGUCAAAGAUCUGGGCAGCCUAAAUGGGACUUUUGUGAAUGAUGUAAGGAUUCCAGAACAGACUUAUAUCACCUUGAAACUUGAAGAUAAGCUGAGAUUUGGAUAUGAUACAAAUCUUUUCACUGUAGUACGAGGAGAAAUGAGGGUCCCUGAAGAAGCUCUAAAGCACGAGAAGUUUACCAUUCAGCUCCAAUUGUCCCAAAAAUCUUCAGAACCAGAGUCAUCCAAAUCUGCUUGUGCCAAAAGCGUGGAUUCGAAGGUGGCAGAUCCUCCACCGGAAGUUCAGCACAAAGCCACCGAGGCCCUGAAGGCCGAGGAGAAGGCCCUGGAUACUUCUGCCAUGCCCCGCGGUACUCCAUUAUAUGGGCAGCCUUCAUGGUGGGGCGAAGAUGAGGUGGAUGAAAAAAGAGCUUUCAAGUCAAAUGGCAAACCAGAAGAAAAAAAUCAUGAAACUGGAACCUCAGGGUGCAGCUUAGAUGCCAAGCAAGUUGAGGAACAGUCUGCAGCUGCAAAUGAAGAAGUACUUUUUCCUUUAUGUAGGGAACCAAGUUAUUUUGAAAUCCCUACAAAAGAGUUCCAGCAGCCGUCACAAAUCACAGAAAGCACUAUCCAUGAAAUCCCAACAAGAGACACAGCGAGCUCCCAUACCACAGGUGCAGGGCAUGCUUCCUUUACCAUUGAAUUUGAUGACAGUGCCCCAGGGAAGGUAACGAUUAGAGACCAUGUGACCAAAUUUACUUCUGAGCAGCGCCACAAGUCCAGGAAGUCUUCUGGAACUCAAGACCUGCCGGGCAUUCAGACUGGAAUGAUGGCCCCAGAAAACAAAGUCGCCGACUGGCUAGCUCAGAACAACCCUCCUCAGAUGGUCUGGGAGAGAACCGAAGACGAUUCCAAAAGUAUUAAGAGUGAUGUUCCCGUUUACUUGAAAAGGUUGAAAGGAAAUAAACAUGACGAUGGCACCCAGAGCGAUUCCGAGAACGCUGGGGCGCACAGGCGCUGUAGCAAACGGGCCACGCUGGAGGAACAUCUAAGGCGCCACCAUUCGGAGCAGAAAAAGCUGCAGAAGGCCCUGGCCACGGACAGGCACCAGGACCAGGCUGCCGUGUUUGGAGUGGAUGACAAUCAGGAUUAUAAUAGGCCUGUUAUCAAUGAGAAGCAGAAAGACCUGAUUAAAGACUGGGCCCUCAGUUCUGCCGCAGUGAUGAUGGAGGACAGGAAACCGCUGGGCACACCUGGGUUUCACCACACGGAGGAAGGCACCACUGCAUCUGGAAGCAAGCGCUGGGUUUCACAGUGGGCCAGUCUGGCUGCCAAUCACACGAGGCAUGAUCCAGCAGAAAGGACCAUGGAGCUGUCUGUCCCUGUUCCUUUAGAGAAUGAUGCAGAUGUCAGUGAGUCUGGCAUUUCCGUGAGAAGCAGCGGCUCCGCAGCCUCCCUGGCUGGGCAUGGAGAGAGGAGGCGGCGGACCCUUCCCCAGCUUCCCCAUGAGGAAAAGGCUCUUGAGAGCUCCAGAGCCAAGGCCCUGACGCCGAGGUCGGAGAUCGGGGAAAAGCAGGACACGGAGCUCCAGGAGAAAGAGGCCCCGGCGCAGGUAUACCAGAAAGACAGACCAGAUGCCGACAGGGCCCUGGGCAAGGUGAACAGGGCGGUCAAUGGGGAGACCCUGAGAACCGGCGGAGAUCACAAAGCCCUCCUGCACUUAGCCAUCUCCUCUCCUGGGAAGGAGAAAAAUGAACCCGACAAGGAAGCUUCUUUGGUUAAGCAAACAUUAGCCAAAAUUCAGCACCAGGAGCCAACGGAGCAGGCACAGUGGGCACCUACUAAAUUAUCUUCCAAAAAUGCGUCGGGUCCGGUAGAGAGAAGUAGGGAGGAGUCCCUUAAACAGGAGUCACAGCCUCAAGAGAAAAUCCCAGGACAUUCUGCGAGCAAAGGAGAGAGGGCGAUCCAAAGUGAGGGCAAGCGAAGAAAAGCCGAUGAGCUUCUGAAAGGCCACCCCCCCAAGGGAGGAGACAAGAAGGAGUCCUCCAAGCCCUUAGUGCGACAGGGAAGCUUCACCAUAGAGAAGCCCAGCCCAAACGUCCCCAUCGAACUGAUCCCCCACAUAAACAAGCAGACGUCAGCGACACCCCCUUCCUUAGCGUUGGCAUCCGCCAGUAGACUGCGCGACAGAAGUGACUCCAUGGAUGCCGACUCCAGUCUGGACACAACCCUCAUCCUGAAAGACACAGAAGCAGUCAUGGCUUUUCUGGAAGCGAAACUGCGAGAAGAUAAUAAAACCGACGAAGGCCCAGAUACCCCCAGUUAUAAUAGAGACAACUCCAUUUCCCCGGAGUCUGAUGUGGACACAGCCAGUACCAUCAGCCUGGUGACUGGGGACACGGAAAGGAAGUCAACCCAGAAGCGAAAGAGUUUCACCAGCCUCUACAAAGACAGGUGUUCCUCAGGCUCUCCGUCCAAGGAUGCUGCCAAGUCCUCCUCUGGUGCUAGGGAGAAGGUGGAGAAGAAAACAAAAAGUCGCUCCACGGAUGUAGGGCUGAGAGCAGAUGGGCGGAAAUUUGUCCAGUCCAGUGGGCGCAUGAGACAGCCGUCAGUGGACUUAACAGACGAUGACCAGACCUCCAGCGUACCUCAUUCUGCCAUCUCUGAUAUUCUGUCAUCUGAUCAGGAAACUUACUCCUGUAAACCCCUCGGGAGGACUCCACUUACCUCAGCUGAUGAGCACGCACAUUCCAAGCUGGAGGGAAGCAAGGGGACCAAGUCCAAGACUCCUCCAGUGGCCCCCGGCUCGGCCAGUAAGUCCACCACCCUCCCCAGGCCACGGCCCACCAGGACUUCCCUCUUGCGCCGCGCACGGCUUGGGGAAGCUUCAGACAGUGAACUUGCCGAUGCUGACAAAGCAUCUGUUGCUUCUGAAGUGUCCACGACAAGUUCAACGUCAAAGCCGCCCACGGGAAGGCGGAACAUCUCGAGGAUUGAUCUGUUGGCUCAGCCUCGGAGAACCAGGCUCGGCUCACUGUCCGCUCGCAGCGACUCGGAGGCGACCAUCUCUAGGGGUAGUGCCUCUUCAAGGACCGCAGAAGCCAUCAUUCGAAGUGGAGCCAGACUAGUCCCGUCGGAUAAAUUUUCUCCGAGAAUUCGAGCCAACAGCAUCUCUCGGCUGUCAGACUCCAAGGUCAAAAGUAUGACCUCAGCGCAUGGCUCACCUUCAGUAAAUUCAAGAUGGAGGCGCUUUCCUACUGAUUAUGCUUCCACCUCAGAAGAUGAAUUUGGAUCAAACCGUAACUCCCCUAAACAUACUCGUCUACGUACUUCUCCAGCCCUGAAAACGACACGAUUGCAGAGCUCUGGGUCAGCCAUGCCUACGAGUUCUUCGUUCAAGCACCGGAUCAAAGAGCAGGAAGACUACAUCCGAGACUGGACUGCUCAUCGAGAGGAGAUAGCCAGGAUCAGCCAAGACCUUGCUCUCAUUGCUCGGGAAAUCAACGACGUAGCCGGCGAGAUAGACUCGGUGACGUCCUCAGGCACUGCCCCUAGUACCACAGUAAGCACUGCCGCCACCACCCCUGGCUCUGCCAUAGACACUAGAGAAGAGUUGGUUGAUCGAGUUUUUGAUGAAAGCCUCAACUUCCGAAAGAUCCCUCCACUGGUUAAUUCUAAAACACCGGAAGGGAACAACUGUCGGGCUAACGAUUCAAGGCCUCAACCGCCAGAGCCUCCUGAUCACUUAACAAUCACGAGGCGGAGGACCUGGAGCAGAGAUGAGGUCAUGGGAGAUAAUUUGCUGCUCUCAUCCGUCUUCCAGUUCUCCAGGAAGAUCCGACAGUCCAUAGACAAAACAGCUGGGAAGAUCAGAAUACUAUUUAAAGAUAAAGAUCGGAAUUGGGAUGAAAUAGAAAGCAAGCUAAGAGCUGAAAGUGAAGUUCCCAUUGUGAAAACCUCAAGCAUGGAGAUUUCUUCCAUCUUACAGGAGCUGAAAAGAGUUGAAAAACAGCUUCAAGCGAUCAAUGCUAUGAUUGACCCGGAUGGAACCCUGGAGGCUCUGAACAACAUGGGCUUUCCCAAUGCUCUCUUGCCGUCUCCCCCCAAACAGAAGUCCAGCCCCGUCAACAACCACAGCAGCCCGGGGCAGACCCCGGCCCUGUGCCCGGCAGACGCGAGGGCUCUUCAUCCCGCCGCCAUCUCAAGUUCAGCUGAGUUUGAGAAUACCGAGUCGGAGGCUGACUUCAGCAUCCACUUCAACAGGUUCAACCCCGACGGGGAAGAGGAGGAGGUGACAGUGCCGGAGUGACUCUCUGGGAAGUUCCCUGGGGAAAGACUAGGAACAGUGGAAGCGGCGAAGCGUUGACUUGCACAAAACAAGACAGCUUGGUCAAGUACAA